AUGAACUGGAUGUUGUCCAAAUUCAAGGAGAUCAACCCCGCUGCCUGUAAGACACGGUGUGUCAUGGCAGAUAAAGAUUUGGUAGAAAGACAACUGCUUAAAGAGCACUUCCAGGAAGCAAAUGUCCUUAUCUGCACCUACCAUACCCUACGCACCUUCAACAGGGAGAUCACCACUCAAAAGAUGAGAAUCACCAGCAAGCUAAGAGAGGACCUCUUGGAAGUACUACAGGGUAUGGUGAUGGCCAAGCCCGAAGAGAGGUUUGACGACCUAGAGGAGAAGUUCUUUGCUCUUGCUCCCUGCAAAGUGAGGGACUACUACAGCAAGAAUUGGAGACCAAUCAAGCACGAAUGGUUCAGAGGACCUCGAUUUAUGGAGGGUACGUUCAAUAAUACUACAAACAACAGACUGGAGAACCUCAAUGGGCAGAUCAAGAACACCAUGGGGACGAAGAACUGCUUAAAGGAUUUCUUCAUCCACAUCUUCAAGUUGAUUGGUGGUCUCAAGCAAGAGCACAAACACAACAACACAGGCUCUCAGAAGAUGUUGAGCUUCUAA